AUGGAAAAAGAGUGCUCGACGCGGGGACCCAAAUGGAGUUCGUAUUUCAUAGACUUGUACGAAAGUUUAAAGAUUUCAGUGAAACUUUUGUUAAUAUUUUUGUUGUGCUUUAAUUUCCUUCAAACCGAUUUUACGCGCUUACUUAACCUUAAGUCUAAUGUAAACGAAUCUAUAGCAGAGGUUUCAAAUAUUACCCGAACUCGCAUAUUUUGCCUAAUCUUCACCAAUGAGUAUGGAAAUAACUAUAUUGCUGUUCACGGCCAAGCCACUUGGAUUAAAAAUUGUGAUCGUUAUUUAUUCGUGAGCAAUGAUGUACAUGCCGUACUGGAACCGUUGCUGGUUAAAUAUCGAGAUCAUUGGGACACCAUGAAGGUCAGCUUAUUUCAUGUGCAUCAAUAUUAUGCCAAUGACCUCGAUUGGCUACUGGUGGUAUACGAUAACAACUAUGUAGUUUUGGAAAAUUUACGCAAGAUGCUGAAACCUUACUCUCCCGAUGAACCCAUCAACUUUGGCUGCAAGAUGUGGGAUAACGAUAAUCAGACUUAUAUGCAUGGCGGGAUAGUGCUCAGCCACGAGGCCUUGAGGCGACUUGUCGUCGAGGGUUUCACUAACUCAAGUCUUUGUAAUCCGAACGAUAGCGCUUACGCCAGUGAAGAAAUGGGCAGAUGUCUAAAAAACUUAGGCGUGGUUGAUGGUGACAGUCGAGACGCUAUGGGACGUCAGCGCUUUAUACCUUUCCCUCCUGAACAUUUUCUAACAGAGUUGUCGCCGGAAAAGAAGGAAUGGUUUGUGACUCAUUCCUUUUAUGAAAUCAAUGCCACCACGAACAAAUUAUCACCAGAAGCUAUUUUGUUUUCGGAUGUUUCUCCGGCCACAAUGGUCACUUUGCAUUAUUAUAUUUACAAACUGAGAAUAUUUGGAAGAAAAGUGCACCCUCAAAAUGUAGCAAAUAAUUUGGGAAACAAUACACAGCUUUCUUAGUUUAAAGUAUAACAAAACGAGUAAGGAAGGGCUCAGUUCGGGUGUAACCCAACAUUUUAUACUCUCGCUACUUGCAAGAAUCAAAGCCCGGAAAACUUCUUCAAGUGCUGGAAAACUUUAUAUUACAAAUGUUGAGAAAGAAUUCAACAUUUUUAUUCGAUGAAAUAAUGAAUAAAUUACA